CUUUAACUUAAAAAAUUAGCGACAAAAACAUAUUAGCCGGUAACAAGUAUCCUUUUACCGACAAUUAAAAUAAUGUACCACUAAAAAUGACUAAUUGAAAGCAAUUUUAAUCAUUUUAUCUUCCCUCCAAUUCUUUCCCCAAAUAAUUAACUAUUCCCUCCAAAUUAUCAAAACAUAUAAAAUAAAAAAACUUUCGCUCUAGUUCUUUUUCAGAGCAGAACCCUUAUGCCUUAAAGGAACAGAACCCUUACAAAUAGGAAUUACAAUCUCCAGCCACUGAUCUUGGGGAGCCCGAGACUUGAGUUGGGAUUAGCUUAGGAGGCGAGCAAGGUACAGACGUUCGUUCUGGUGACCCGCCAGUUUAGGAUACAUAAUCUGCUACUUUGGAGUGCUCCCUUUGAUCCGGAGCCCAUAUGUUUGGUACAUAUCUUUGUUGUACAUGUUUCUGUAUAUAUAUGACUAUUUGGGGUACGGCGGAGCCCUGUCCCGUCAUAUGUUUUUAUUGUGGUUUGUAGAGGCCUGUAGCCAUAUAUGUGGGUCAUGGGUCAUCAUUGUGUGGUCAUGUCUGUGAUUUGUGUCUUAAGCGGUCCUGUUUGCUGUGAUGGCCGAAACGGCCCAUAUGUGUGUGUAUGUAUGUAUAUAUAUUCGGGCGAUGUGUUUUCCGCCAGCCUUGCCGGCUUCUGUGCGAUAUUUUGCUAUAUAUGAUCGCUUAAGACGACAUCUGAUUUUAAUAUCUGCAUAACUUAAUGUAUGCUGAAUACGGAUAAGUCCUUGAUAUAUCGAUUGGGUAAGUGAGUGUGUAUGGGUGUCCAGCUAGGGCACUAGUCAUGGCCCACGGGGUUAGGUCGUGACAAUUCAUGCUUGUCCCAAUGAUUGCAUGCUUUUUAGGAAUCAAUUUGUUGAUAAAAAAGUAAAUGAAUGCUUAGUUUGUGGCGCUUCUAGAUGGAAAAACAAAGAUAAAAAAAUUCCAGCCAAGGUCCUAAGGUACUUUCCUCUAAAACCAAGACUGCAAAGGUUAUUCAUGUCUUCAAAAACUUCUAAACUGAUGUGAUGGCAUCAUGAAGAACGAAACAAAGAUGGAGUUUUACGACAUCCAGCAGAUUCUGAAGCUUGGAAAAUUUUUGACAACAGAUAUUCAGAAUUUGCUAGUGAUCCCCGUAAUGUUCGUCUAGGAUUAGCUUCUGAUGGAUUUAAUCUGUUUGGCACGAUGCGAUCUGUUUAUAGUACAUGGCCGGUGAUUUUGACGCCCUAUAAUCUUCCGCCAUGAUUGUGCAUGAAACAAGAGCUCUUCAUUCUGUCCAUGCUCAUUCCAGGACCAAAGGGGCCCGGAAAUAACAUUGAUGUCUUUUUGGAACCUUUAAUAGAAGAAUUGAAUGAAUUAUGGGAUACAGGUGGUAGCAACCUAUGAUGCAUUUUCUAAGGAGACAUUUCAAAUGCGAGCAACUUUGAUGUGGACUAUAAAUGAUUUUCCAGCAUAUGGUAAUCUAUCUGGAUGGUGUACUCAUGGUCAAUUUUCCUGCCCUUCUUGUAACAUAGAGACUCAAUCUAGAAGGCUCAAACAUGGUAGAAAAUUUUGCUUCAUGGGCCAUCGACGUUUCUUGAAGCCGAGUCACAAAUAUCGAAAUGAUGCAAAAUCAUUUGAUAGGACUAAAGAAUCAAGAUCUGCGCCUCGUCCAUUAUCUGGGUCACUAGUUCUAAAUAAAGUUAGAGGCAUACAGUUUACUCUUGGGCAAUCAUCUGAUGAGGUAAGCGGGGUUAGGAAAAACACAUGGAAAAAAAGGAGCAUUUUCUUCAAUCUUCCUUAUUGGGACUAUAACUUGAUGCGUCAUAAUCUUGAUGUGAUGCACAUAGAAAAACAUGUGUGUGAUAACUUGAUUUAUACAUUGUUGGGUCAUGGUAAAAAGUCAAAAGACAACUUAGAAGCUCGAUUAGACUUGAAGGAUAUGAAAAUAAGACCCAACUUGUGGCCUCAGCGUCGGGCAAGUGGGAGGACAUAUCUUCCUCCUACUUAUUUUACAAUGUCUCUGGCAGAAAAGGAGUUGUUUUAUGAAGUACUACAAAAUGCCAAGUUUCCACAUGGCUAUGCUUCUAAUAUUGCUCAUUGCAUUCGCAAACGAAACAUAUCAGGGCUAAAACCUCACGAUUGCCAUGUUAUAAUGCAAGAACUUCUUCCUUUUGCAUUGCGGCGUUCAACAGAUAAAAAGGUGAGUUCUGUUAUAAUUGAACUAUGCACAUUCUUUCGAGUUCUUUGUGGCAAAGCGCUUAAAACAGAAGAGUUAGAAUUACUUGAAGAAAAAAUUGUCUUAACACAUUCUAAUAUGGAGAAAAUCUUCCUCCUAUCAUUCUUUACUGUUAUGGUACACUUGGUUAUUCACUUGGCAACUGAGGCUAAAAUUGCGGGGCCAGUACAUCAUCGCUGGAUGUACCCAAUUGAGAGGUACUUGGGUAUUUUGAAAUCAUAUGUUCGUAAUCGGGCAUGCCCAGAAGGUUCAAUAGCAGAAGCAUACAUCGCAAAUAAGUGUUUGACAUUUUGCGCAUGAUAUUUGGAAGGUGGUGAUUCAAGGUCUUAUUGGUCGGGAAAAAGUGAUGAUGAGAUUGAGAAUCUGAUUGAUAGAGAAGGAUGUCUUUUUCCUUCUGUUGGGGAGCCUUCUGGCGUGAUAGAUGUAUUUAACUUGGAUGAUAAAACAUGGUUGCAAGCACAUCGACAUGUCCUUUUCAAUUGCGAAUCAGAGGUGGUUGAUAAUUAUAAAAAGUGAGUGGUAUAUCAAUUUCUAAAUCUGUGUAUCUUACUUUCUUUGAUUACAGAACUGAUAUACUCCAGUUACAUGAUGGUGAACAUAUUGCUGAAAUCAAGAGAUUAUAUCGUAAGCGUCGUCUUAGACCUCAUCAACUUGAGCAUUUGCAUUUUGAUAUGUUUCAUGAGUGGUUCAAGGAGCAGGUAAGUAGUAGGAUUAAGUCAAUUAUAUCUAUAAGUUAUUGUCCCUGUACUUAUAUCGAUAUUUAUAGUCGUAUAUUUCUAUUUAGUUAGGUGAAGGAGUUGGAGGACAUAUCUAAUAUCCCAAAGGAUAUUCUAUUCCUUGAAAAAGGGCCAGGUUACGUUGCAAGAAGAUUCAAUGAGUUCAAUGUAAAUAACGGCCACCGAUUUCGAACAAAACAAUGUGAGGAGUUCAUGAAGACACAAAAUAGUGGUGUUAUGGUCGUUUCAAAGACUGAAAGUUAUGCAAGUACAAGCGACAAUGCUCCGAAGUCUGCCAGAGUCUAUUAUGGUCGAUUGAAUGAUAUUGUGGAGUUAAAUUACUAUGAAGAAUUUAAGGUUGUCUUAUUUAAGUGUGAUUGGGUUGAUGUAACCAAAGGUAGAGGAGUUAAGGAAGACGAAUUAGGUUUCACGCUUGUGAACUUCUCACACCUUAUAGACUCUGGCAAUCGAGGAAGUGAUGAGCCUUUUAUUUUUGCAAACCAAGCUCAACAAGUAAUAUUUGUGCAAGAUCCUAAAGGUCGUGAAUGGAUUGUACCUAGGCCAAUUAAAUCUCGAGACUUUUUUUAUAUGGGCGAGGAAAAUAGUAUGCAGUUUGAGUCAUCAAUGCAAAGUGAUGCCACUGACUUCAUAGUAUUAGAAAAUGUUUGUGAUACAAAAUAUGACUGUAACGAUUGGGUAAGAAGCGAUGUUGAUGGGAUAGAAAUUGAUGUGCCACAUUCUCAAACUCCUCCAAAUAAAGGUGAAACAGAUGUUGAUGGAGGAAAUGACAUUGAAGAUGAAAGUGAUAAUGAAUAAAAUGGGUGCUAGUUAUAAAAUAUUUAAUUCUUUUUAGUUUUAUUGAAUUACUUAUAGGGAUGUGGUAUUUAUUUGAUUUUGAACAGUGAAUAGGAUAUAAUUUUUAUUGUUAAUUAAAGUCACAUAUUAGAGAACAUGCAUAUUAUUCAACUACGAAUUAUCAUAUAUGUAUUAGUGGUUUAUCCAAUAUUUGAGUGAAUUCUCUAUGCGUGCUUUUACUUAUAUUUUGUUGAUGUUGCCUUUGGAUUUUGAGAUACUGAUAUGAUCUUAUCAUCGGAUAGUAAUUUUGAUUUCUAGUGCGUAGAUAUCUCAUAACUUGUGAAGUAUCUUUGUAGCAAGGCUUUAAGUAAUUAGUUCAAUUUUGAGGUGGACCAAUGCGAACCAGAGCUGGAAGCAGAUUUGAAACUGAACAACAUGAUGAUGAAGUUGUACGACCUUAUAUGGAGCAAUUGAUGAAUGGUCAAGACUACUCUCAAGCUGAAACACAUGAUGGUCAAUCUAAUGAAUUGAGAAUAACUGACACUAAGGAGCAAUAAAAUGAUGAAUCAGAUACUUCGGAAAAAAAGAAGGUUCGUGGGCCCACAUUACUAAAAGAAAUUUGGAAUUUGCCUCCAGAGAAGACAAUCGCUGUGCAGUUCAAUAGUGGUAACCAAGCCAUUAACAAAGAUGGUCGCAAGCUUGCAAGCUUUCUAGGAUUUGUUGCUAGAACUCUAGAACUAACGCCGUUACAUAUACAUGAUUGGAGAAGCUUUGACAAAGACGAAAAGAAGAAAUUGGUAGAGUUUGUGAGAAAGAAGUUUUCUAUCCCAACGCAUGGAGAAGAGUUUGUCAUAAAUUCAAUAGGAAAGAUUACAAAUGUGAUUUAAAUAGUGUUUAUCUGACAAAAUUUAAGACCAAAGAUGUGUUGUUGAAGAAUAAACCGAAUCGUAUACCAAGGGAUCAGUGGACUGGUCUAGUUUCCUAUUGGGUUUCAGAAAAAGCUAAGAGGCGCAGCCAAACAAACAGAAACAAUAGGGCGGAGCAAAAGAUGCCACACAUAGGAGGAUAAAAAAGUAUUGCCACCUUGAUGGAUGACAAGGCUGAAAACGGGGUUGAGCCUACACGAGCACAGGUUUUUAUAUUAACUCAUAAACCACGUAAGGAUGGUAGACCACUGGAUGAGGAGUCUUCGAAGACAAUUUUAAGAUUUUUCUUCUCUUUUUUUAUGAAGUAGGGUAAAAUUUAUUAAUAAAGUACCAAUAAGGAUUCACGUGUAUUAAGUUGUAGUGCCAACACAUCCGAGCUUUUUUAACUUUAUUUAACCGUAAAAUUAGUGUCAUUGCAACCUGUCCAGAUAAGAAAAAAUAAUCUACUUUAUCUUCCACAAAAAUAAUAGCAUUUACUGUUCAAUUGAAAAAAAAAAGAAAGGAAAAUGUGUUCUUGUUUGUGUUUUGUUUCAUUAUUAUUUACUUAUGUUUGGUUACUUAAUUGAGGAGGACAUGAUCAAUGAAAAGUUGAGUAAUAGUGAGGGAUCGAAUGAGCAACCUCCUUGCUCUGUUGCUUGGGAUGGGGAUGUGUAUUCCCAAGUGUUGGGAAAUGAAAAAACUGGUUAUGUUCGUGGUUUAGGACUAGGUCCAACUCCUUCUGUACUAUGGGGUAGUAGAUCUUUUGGAAAUAAUGUUGAAGAGGAAUCAUCCAAUGAGAUUGUAAAACGGUUAGAACAACAGGUAACAAAGUUAAAGGACAUAAACGGAAAACAAAAUGAAGAACUGAGUUUGGUGAAACAAAAUCAAGAGAAGUUGCUAUCUAAAUUAGCAUGGGUGAGAAAAGCCAUGAGUAUAAAUGCUCCUAAUGAGUUAUCUAUACAUCAUAAUAACAAUGGAAUUUCUGAUGACCAGGUAACGAUUUUAUACGUUGGAGACAUUUAUUGAAUUUUAAUAUUACAGAAAUAAUGUUAUCUAAUAUGUUAAUAUUUUUUAGGUUCCCGAUGCCAACAGUGGCCAUGAACGGGGACAACAAUCACCACAUAUAUUGUUUAAAGGACAGAGUGUUGCUGAAAAUAUUCCAUCUUCUCAUGGUCAUACAGUAUGGUGUUCGAAUACCAUGUGGAAGAUUUCAAUAUUAUGAAGAGUUGCUGGAAUUGUUGGAGGGCUAUGCAUUUAGAAACUUGUUAUUGCGAGUAUUUGAUAGGAAUUGUUACAAUGACCUUAGUUAUUUAGUUUAAACACAUUAUAUUAUCUUUUAGUUCGCUAGUUACAUUAGUGUUAUGAGUUAGUACUUGCUUUUGUUUAUCUUGAGUUAAUGAAGUAUAUUGCACUUUAAUGAAUUAUAAUAGUGUGUUUUAUGAGUAUUUACCAUUAUAAUUGUCGAUAAAGCCAUUUUACAAA